CUCCGCCCGGUGACGUCGCUGGUCGCGUGAACGUCUUGGAUCCGUCAAUACGUUUACGCAAGCGGAAAUAUACCGCAGCGGGAAGCGAGCGCUCUUUGAACUAGUAACGUUUCAAACGGCGGACCGUAUAAUUAUAACGAGUAACGUUUUAACAGUGUAGCUGUAAACAGCCCGUAUAUUACACCGAGUAACGUUUCAACCGUGUAGCUGUAUAUUAAUUUACCUCAGCGUGUGUAGUAUUCGGGCUUUACGCGCGUUUGCUAACGUUUUCUUAAAAACAGCGGGAUAUUUGGACAACCGAGAGCGUUAGCUAGCGGACUAUAGCAGGGUUUCGUCUUUCUGUCGAGCACGGACCUGUGUAAAGAUUUUCUAAUCUGGUUAGUGUUCGUUGGGGAGGACAUGGGUAGUCUGCUUCAGGAGCUAAAACGAUGGGCGACUGAGGAGCUGGAACUCGCGCCUCAGAAGUUACCACAGGACAGCUACAUGAAGACAUUAUGUGUUGGUUCCGGAGCUUCAAUCUGGAAAUAUAUCACACAGCAUGUUUACCGUGAACGGAAUGUGCGAGUCAUGCGGGGUAAUCUCCAAUGGUACAAUAUUUUACAGGCCAAGGAGCUGAAGCAGGUGGACAGUGAGAAUAAGGACGUUCGGCGUCUGGAGCUGCUGGCAGAGGUGGAGGAGCUGCAGACUGAGCUGAGUCAACUAGACCAGAAGAUCUGCACAGUGGAGGAGCAGCUCGCUAAUGAAGAGCAGAGUGCAGCUGGCCACUGGGAGCAGUAUGAGGACAGCAGGCUGCGGGAGCUGAUGAUCAACGCCUUCAGGCAGCGCUGUGUCCAGGAGCGAGACUCCCUCACAGAGGACACGCGCCAGAUCCACAACCAGCGGCGGGAUACAGAGCAGCUGUCCAGGAGAUCGAAGGAGCAGCUGGUGUUUGGCCUGUCUGACCAUGGAGGCGCUGGCACAGCCGCAGAGCCACUGGUCCUACGGGAUGUUCGCGAGCUGUGUAAUGAGAGAGUUCUCUUCUUCCAAUCUCUGCAAGAGAAUGCGCUGAAGAUCAUUCCUUCUGCUGAGUUUUCUCUUGAACAGAGGAAUGCAGCCUAUCGACACUGGAUCAGUGCGGUUGAGGAUGUGCUGAAUUUUCACCCUCCAAAUCAAGUGCUGUUAGCCCUGCAGGCUCUGGCCUCCAGGCAGCAGAGGGCGCUGGAGGAGAAGACUGCAUCUCUGAAUGUAGAGGAUGACCUGUCUGCUCUUGGGUUUCGCUGUGAGAGUGACCACUUACUCGACAUGUCUGUGGAAGAGGAGGGUGAUUUACCGCCAGUCAGCAGUCUGAUGCAGUCUGCUUGGGAGGAUGUGGAGGCACGUUACCUGCAGUUGGUGGCAGUGCGGAGCAGAGCUCAGCUGCUGCAGACUGAGGUCAGUGCUCUGAUGAAGCAGGCGCAGCUGAAACUUAGGAUGCAGGAUGACCCCGCUGACCCCAGCACCAGGACCGAGUUGGAGGGGCGGGUCGUGUGGCAGACGGCCGUGCGUGACAGCGUGAGGGAGCAGUGCAUCCACCUCCAGGUGCGCAACCGGGAGAGACAGGAGGCCCUCCGAAAACUCCGUGCCCAGUGGCAGAGCGUCAUGGACUACAGGGUGCUCGUGGAUGUUAGACAGGAGCAGAUACGGAGUCUGAUCAAAGGGAACUCCUCCGUAAAGGCUGAACUUGCAUGUGCUCACUCUGAGUUAAGGUGGUUUGUGCAGGAGAAGCUUAGUCCUCAGUUUGACGGUGUGAUCAGGGCUGCUAAUGGACUUCGCAACUCCAUUUCCCAGGAGGCUAAGCUGUUCAGUUCAGUGAACCUCGCCACCCUGGACUGCAGGGUUGUGGCCAGGGAGAGAGUACCAGUACAGGAGCUCUCACUCUACCGUGCCAACUCUCCCGCUUUCCGUGGGAUUUCACAGAGCCUCUCCGCACCCAUGUACCUGGCUCCAGAGGAGCUGUGCUCCCACACGGCAUCUCGGAAGCUGGAGCUGCGGGUUCUUCGCUGCCUCCUACACUGGUGCUCCACCUCACUGGACGCUGUGCAAAGACGCACAGCUCAGCUCCCUGCGCCCAGCCAGCAGGCCCUCCUGGAGCGCAUGAAGGUGGAGGAUGCAGAUGUGUUGCAGUCUCUGCUGCCCCGUGUGCAUGAACUUACACACAAAUGUUCCAAAGGUCUGACCUACGGUAGUCGGGUCAACACUGCCAUUACACACUGGUGGGAGCAGCCUGCUCAGUUUGUCAUACCGGAGAUGCAGCGUGAGGGUCUCACCUUCUGCCAGUGGCUGCAGCGGUGGAAACUCGCCACAAAGGGACUUUGCCAACAGCUAAACCAAUAGCAACAUCCUUAACUUUUACAUAUUUUGCUUGUGACUGAAAUUACGCUGUAUAUUCAAUUAAUAAAGCUAUGUGAAUGUUUGUUAUUUACAUGGUACACCAGCUAAAAGACUAACCCCACCCCCCACCCUUCUUAAGCAGCAGUAGUGAUGUAAACUAUACUAAUAAAAAUUUUCCCCCAGACAAAACAAA